AUGUCUAGCUUACGCUGCCGUCCCUGGCGGGUACUGGAAUCUUUCCAGCAGAUGCCCAGCCUCGCCCAAGCCCCGCGUUCCAAAUUACCAACCCAAUACCUCUCCCAAGGCAAGCGUGCGAUCAGCACGAGCAACUACCGCGCAAACAGCACAUCCACACCAUCCCCAGCUUCCAAACCGACUACCCCAAUACCCGCACGAACUGCAACACCUUACACCCCCUCCACACAAUCCAAGCCCACUCCCACCGCAACCCCCAACCGCCAAACAACAGACAACAUCUCCAAGAGCGGGUUAUCCGAUAAACCCCUGGACGUAAUCAGCGCCGCCGAGGAAAAAAUUGACUGGACACGCUCCUUCCACGGCCUCUCCGCUGAGCCGUUCCCAGAGAAAGCGGCCAAUAUCCUGCUCGCGGAGAUCGAUCCCCACCAGGUCGAGAUCAAGCCCGAUGGAAUUGUCUACCUGCCCGAGAUCAAGUACCGACGUGUACUGAACCAGGCAUUCGGCCCUGGCGCCUGGGGUCUUGUACCUAGGAGCGAGAGUAUCGUUACGCCGAAGACUGUCACAAGGGAGUAUGCGCUUGUUUGCCACGGACGACUUGUCUCCGUCGCCCGCGGCGAACAAGAUUACUUUUCUCCCGACGGAAUUCCCACCGCAACAGAGGGAUGUCGCUCCAAUGCGCUGGUACGCUGCUGUAAGGAUCUCGGAAUCGCGAGCGAGCUCUGGGAUCCACGUUGGAUCCGGAUGUAUAAAGCUAAGUAUGCGCGUGAGGUGUUCGUCGAGCAUAUUGUUAGUAAGAAGAAGUCGAAGAUUUGGGUGCGGAAGGAUGAUGCUGUCUCGUAUCCGUGGAAGGAGAAUAAGUAG